AUGAAGCAACGAAUGAAAUGGACCGGCUCAGACGAGGAAGCAGAGAAAGCCGUCAGGAGCAAGUUACUUCUGCGUCUCGCUCGUCUGGAACCACGACGCAACGCCGAACGAGAGCGAGUCGCCCGCUCCCCGCGAGGACUGCGAUCGGAAUGGCCUGAGCGAAUCGCGUUUCUUCAGUCUACAAAUGCUGAUGAGUAUUAUGCUGUUGAUCUGUUUAGGCUGAGUGAUAUCAUGGCAGGGAGAAGUCAGAGCCCAGGAGCCGAAAGUGUAUCAAAGGCAGAAGAAGCUGGAAAAGAGGAUGAACUUGCAGCUGAUUAUGUAGAUGAGGAUGGUUUGAAAAAGGCCGAGGAGGGAUGGACGGAUGAGGAGAAAGAAGAGCAUCACCAGGCUGCAUUGAGACUCAAAGAGGAAGGGAAUGCCACUUUCAAAGAAUUGAAGUACGAGGAAGCUCGACUCUUCUACACCGAGGCAUUGAAGAAGUGUCCCACGUGUUGUCCUAAAGACAGAGCCGUGUUGUAUCACAACCGUGCCGUGAUGAAGACGUACCUCAAGUUCCCAGAUGCGGCCAUUGACGAUCUCUCGCAGGCGCUCAAGUACGAUCCAACGUACACCAAGGCUCUUCUUCGACGUGCUGCCAUCUUCGAAGAGUCUGAUAGACUGGAUGAAGCUCUUAAAGAUUAUCAGCAAUUGUGUGAAUUGGAUCCAUCAAACCGGACCGGGAGGGAGGCACUCAUUCGACUCCCACCUCUCGUUCAAGAAAAGAAUGAAAAACUCAAAGCUGAAAUGUUGGAUAAACUCAAAGACCUUGGAAAUAUGGUCCUGAAGCCAUUUGGUCUUUCAACAGAGAACUUUAAUGUGGCAAAAGAUCCACAAACAGGAAAUUAUUCUAUUAAUUUCCAGAAUUCUUCUUCGUGA